AUGUCGACUACAAGGGAGAAAUCCCGAGUUCGGAUCCGCUCCCUCCUGGGCAAGAUCUUCAACUCAUCCCAUUCCAGUCUGGAGCCCGAAUCCAUCUCCGAAAUCGGGGCUCCUUAUGAUGCCAUGCACAAUGUCCAUGUUGGAUACGAUGGACACACAUUCACAGGACUUCCACAAACAUGGAUGGAGAUUCUACGACGAGAUUUAAGGUAGUUUAAUUUACAUAUUCAGAGUUCCCAAUUUAGUGAGGCCGAACAAAAACAGAACCCAGAUGCUGCCGUUAGAGCGAUUAAAUUCUAUGCUUCGGCUAUGAAGGAUAAUAAUGUGGACAAGUUCAUGAUGAGGAAGUCCGUCUAUUCGUCUGAUGAUGACAAAGAAUUGGACAUCAGCAAGAUCAAAAAAGAAGGUAAAGGCAUGGCCUGAAUUGAAGAGAAAAAACGUUUUGGAGGAUUCGCAAUUCGUAUUUUAGAUGUUCUGGACAAAUCAGAGCCAGAGAAGGAGAUCCCCGCCGUUCCCACGCCUCCUCCUCGAUCUCUGGACAAGAAUAAUCUAGAGAUUCCCCCAGUCCCCAUCCCAAGAACUACAUCCAUGGAGAAGAAUUCGGAGUCCCCGAGUCCAAAGGUCCCUCCACCUCUUCCUCCAAAGCCUACUGUAAGUUCUUUUUUCAUGGUGAUCUGACUCCUCGCCACGGGAUAUCAUUUCCUUGUAUAAAAAUAGACGGAUAUCGCCUUCUGAUGUCAUGACGCGGUGAUUACCAAACGAGCGUGGAAUGCGGGGAAUUUGCAUGAUUUGUGGGGCGCUUCCGUCGUCUGGAGACCAGAACCUCGGGGAUCUUCUCCGUGGUUUCCUCGGAGUCUCGACUUUCGGCUGAUUACUCGGUGAAUGUGAUCGAGUUGUUGGAGAGGAGACUAAUCUGGUUAGAGGUGGACUGGAUCCGCCGUUCCUCCCGUCGUUCCAGGGCGGGCAGCGAAUUAGGAUUUUCCGGAAGAGCCGCUUAGUUUGCUUAAGCUCCUCCACUUAAUGACUCUAAUUAGAGCCGCAAUUAGAUUUCGUUCUUGUGUAUAAUGUCGUGUUGUUGUUAUCUGCGAGGUUACUCCGACUUUUUUAAACCAGUCCGCACGGUAAGAAAGGACGCGCUACAACGCCACUAUUCGUUUACUGCGGGGGGAGGGGGUCUCAUCAUCUACUCCACUAUUUCCGAAGGAAAGGGAAAGCAACGUCCGCCCGGGGUCCCGCCUCCAAAAGCGAAUCAGAAUUAGAGGUAAUUACAUUCCCCUUCACGUGCGGCUUUUGUAUUCGGAUCGCGAGUUGAGGGCACUUAAAUGACUCUAAUCUCGUCACAUUUUGAGCGACGACCUGCAAAGUCAUUUCGAAUAGUCAUCAUGACGUUGCUCCACAUUGUUUUUUAAGCCCGUUCAUGUUUGAUUCCCACCGUUAAACCCUUUGACCGUUCUUUUUUAAACUGUAAUAAUAGGACUACUUUAAAUUUGCUUUAGAUUCUUUUAAAGCGGUGUUUUGAUUAUUUUGAUAACAUUUCUCUCAUCGAAAUUCAUAGGGUGGAAGGGAUCCCUUUCCUCGAUAGUAAUGACUCGUCGGAAUCUUGCUUUUUGAAUUUACGACAGAUAUUUUCGUCUGUUUUUCGUAUUCUUCCGUACGUAAAAACCCGCGUCGCGCGAAUUUUAAUUAUUGGAAUCGAUUAAAUCACGAUCGUUCCCAGCGUUCCUCCUGAUUGUAUGGUUGAGUUGAAUUGAUUCGAUUUCGGGAUCGCGGCCCGUUGACUCCAGUCCACCAUUGCACCCCAGUCCAGUCCUUUCUGCGGGGAUUUGGGCCCGGGGCCGUUGUCGUUUCUGGCUAGCCGCGGAUCCCAGAUCUGUGGCUUCGAAUCCGGCAAGAUUUUCGACUCGACUCCAUCCCCGUUUCGGGUCAGCGUCCAGUCCCCGUUCGCCGCUUACAUCGAGCACAUCACCUGGGUGAGGAGACGGGGCCAACGCUUGCUUCAUUAGGCUAAUUACACAUUACACUUGACGCGCUUUUUCUUUCAGCAUCUCAAGAAUGCGAACGGGACUGGUUCGACGCCCUCUUCGUCUACUCGAACCCUCGGCCGGAAUGAACAUAGUCUUGGCUCAACGGCCUCAUCGAAGCAUUCCAGUGAUGAGGAGUUGUCGAAACCAGUAAGUAAAUUACGUUCCUUAAAUAUUUAGAGGGGUUUUAAGUAGUCAGCAAACCACAUUAGGUCUUGUUUGGUAUCGAGAUAUAGGUCACAUUAAGGGUUGAUAAAAAGGGAAAGUCGACGACAGACAAUGGCGAAUCCAUAAUAAUAUCAUUUUUAUAGAUCUCUCAGGUGAUCCACAAGCCAGAGCCGGCGAAUCACGAAUACGAAGAGCCCCUGAUCACCAAACCUUCGGUCCCGGGAGUUCCAGUUCGAAGGCGAACUCCAAAUGCCGAGAAAACCGAAGAAAAAUCAGAAGAUGUCAGACAUCGGCAUCGGCAUAAGCUGACAGACACUCAGGUAAGUUGAUAGAGUCUAAUAUAAUAUUUAUAUAAUUCUUUUAUUGUUUUCUCUUCUUUUCUUUGAACUCGCGACGACACGCGAUGAAUCUAUUUUUGCAAGGAUUUCGGGAUUUUUGGGAUUCUGAAAGGAGUCUGCAAGAAUCCGUUAAGCACGGUAAUUAAUCAACGUCAUCAUCCAAGCUGAUAAGAAAGAUUAUUUUCUCCCACUUCUGUCCUGACGCUUCCUUAGAAGAUUCCAAAAAGAAACCAAGAGUGUAAUGCAAUUGUAGCCUGUUCUUUUUAUCGCCGCAAGGCAAAAGAACCACACUUUAACUCGAAUCGUGACCAAUGUAGAUUCUAACACAUUAAGGGAGUCUCAAAGUAAUGCAGUAAAUCAAAAAAGUCAAAGAAGUAAAUUAUCCUCAUGACGUCAUAAAUGAUAUUGAUCUUUCAGGUAUUGGAUGAACUCAGAAGGAUAGUCUCACCUGGAGAUCCCUAUGCCAAAUACAAAUUGGCUGAGAAGAUUGGAGCUGGAGCCACGGGAUCAGUCUGGACUGCCCAUAAUUUAGUUACGCAUCAAGUUGUAGCUGUUAAGAGAAUGGCCUUUAGAAGUCAGCCCAAGAAAGAGAUGUUACUCACCGAAAUCAAGGUCAUGCAGCAUUACAAACACAAAGUAAGUGACUGAAAUUACUUUACAAUUAAUGGUGUAGAACCUUGUAAAUUACAUCGACAGUUAUUUGGUGGGAGAUGACGAUCUCUGGGUGGUCAUGGAUUAUCUGGAAGGAGGGAAUCUGACAGAUGUGGUCACCAGGACAGAACUGGAUGAAGGUCAGAUGGCUGCGGUUAUCCGGGAAUGUCUCUUGGCUUUGAAUUUCCUGCAUAAACAAAGCAUCAUCCACAGAGAUAUCAAGAGUGACAAUGUCCUGCUCGGGAUGGAUGGAGCCGUCAAACUAACGGACUUUGGAUUCUGCGCUCAAUUACAGCCUGGUGCUAAACGGUAAGGACUUUAAUUUAAAUUGAAUAGUUUCUGUUCAGAACGACGGUAAUCGGCACUCCAUAUUGGAUGGCGCCUGAGAUUGUAAACAAAACCAAAUACAACUUCAAAGUCGACAUCUGGUCAUUGGGGAUCAUGUGUUUGGAGAUGAUUGAUGGGGAACCGCCCUAUCUGCAUGAGACACAAUUAAAAGUAAGUGUAAAGUAACGAGAGAAGGGGACAGUUACUACAAUGGUCUCAAUUAGAUCAAGAGAAACACUGCACAGAUUAGCCAUCGUAAUUUGAAACAUGUUCUAUACGAUUCGAAAGCCCUUGAAAACUUGUCCUGGGAACCGGUUUCAAAAAUUGCCAACGGAAUUCGGCCAUGGAGUAGCCUAAAAUUAUUUUAUGUUUAUUCUUCCGAUUUAUUUCCGACUCACAAGGGAAGUCACAUUUUUCGUUCGUCCCGACUUUUUGGGUCGACGAUAAUUCGGAUCUACACAAAAUCCACUGGGCCUAGCUACGCGUAGGGCAGGUGCAUCCCCAAAAAAGGGUUCAGGAAGUGCCCGCGAGGCCUGGCAAAGCCGUUGGACAGUCGGCGCACGCUCGGCGGAGACUUGGCGAACACUUGCAAUAUGCCCACUUUUUCUAAUUUUAGCUAUUGCUAACGUUCGUUUUUUUACCCGGAGUCAAAAUUGCCAUUUUUCAACAUAAGUAGAGAAUGACGUCAUCAGAGAAACAUACCAGUUUAGUGGUUGAUUUCACACGUAUGACGGCAUAAUUGACUACCUCAUAUAAGGCUUUACCAUCCCCUAUUACAGGCCAUUUAUCUGAUCGCGCAAAAUGGAAAGCCCGAGAUAAAAAAGCGCAGUGAAUUAUCGACGGAAUUCGUGGAUUUCAUCGACCGAUGUCUCUGCGUGAAGCCAGAAGAGCGUGCAGACACCACUGAAUUGCUGGAGCACCCAUUUCUGCAACAUGCCAAGCCCUUGAGCGCUCUGAUCCCGUACAUAAAGGCCGUCAAGGACUUGAGGAAUCAGCAGUAA